GAAAAAAUAAAAUAUCUGUGGAAAUGCUUUCAGUGCCAGAUGUCCAGAACCAUGGCUAGAUUAUUGUUUCGUCACUCCCUUACAUCUGAUGUACUAACGGGUUAGGCGCAUGCGUCAACCUGGCGAUUGUGCGCAUUGAAUGAAUUACUGUUGUGCGCACUCUGCUUUGCGCAGAGUUGUAGAUUGUCCAAUCAUCUUCGAUAAUUAAACAAUAGCAAGCUCGAAACGGCCUAAAGCGAACAUUCACGGAUGUUUUUAGCGAAAUUACGCCGAAGUGGAGGUAGCUACGUUGGAAAAUAAACUUUUAUGCGAUAAUUUAUCAAAAUCAAGAAUUCCAGGGAUCAGUUUCCUCAUGAUGGGUCACAUGGCAACCAUCUGCAGUUUUGAUUCCCAAUGAAAAUGGCGGGAAAUUUUCCGCGAAUGGAAACAACACUGGUUCUUGCCAUGUUCGUUGUGUAGGACAUGUUCAACAGCAAAAACAAGGACAGACGAAAGCAAAUCAUUGGUAUUUAAUCAGUUUCUAGGUAUCAUAGAGAUAUGGAGGAAGACCAAAUGACUCUUGCUACAGAUGCAGCAAAUCCAGAAAGUGAGGUGAAGAGUUUGAUGACCAGUGAUGUACUGGUAGAAGAAAACUCAAUACAAUGCACAGGGAAAGAACACACAGAGGUGAUUGAGAGUUGCUUGCCUGUGGAACCAAUGGAGAAUCUGACCAGUGAAGUUGACAGUGACAGUCAAGAAGCAACGGCGAAUCCUAUCGACAGCCUUUUGAGCAAAGUUUCGGACAAAGUUUCUACCUUGGAGCAUCUGCCUGAAAGUAAUGCUCAAAAUUUUGUGGCUCAAGCAAAGGAAGAUGAAAACUGUAGUCAAAGUGUGAAUGGGAUGACGAGGUCAGAAACUUUGGACGAUCAUCGGAAUUCUGCCAAAGAUGAAAAUACCACUGAAAGCGAAAAUUCUACACAAAAUGACAGUAACUUUCAUGAAGCUCUUGAUGAUCUUAAUGGCAAUAUAGAAACGAAAAAUGAAGAAAAUUCAGAAGUUACUGACGCAGAUCCUACAAGUGAUAUCAUAAACAAUAACAAAAGCUUGUCAAUGGAAGCUGUUGAUGGGAGUAUAGCUUACAACAAAUCAUCAAGUGAAAGUAACACUACUGAUAGAAAAGGAGAAGGAUUUGAUAGUGAUCUUGUUUCCUCUGCUCCAUCAGAUGGUGACUGCUCGGAUCAUAUCUUAAGCCGCAACAAAGAGUUGGAAGCUCAUAAUAUAUCUGGCCAACAAGACGAAAAUCCUUCAACAGAUAGUACUUUGAGAAUUAUAUCUCCUUCGCUUUGUCAACAAGAAAAUUUUAAAGAUUUUGACGCCGAAAUUCCAGUUGAUAUAAAUAAUGUCACACCUGAAGUAAAUGUUUCUUUGGGAACUAAAAACGCAGAGCAACAUGACAAAGCUAUUAUCACAGGAGGGGUUUCUUUGGGAACUAAAAACGAAGAGCAAAAUGACAAAGCUUUUGUUACAGGAGAGGUUUCUUUGGGAACUAGAACUGAAGUGCAAGAUGACAAAGCUGUUAUCACAGGAGAGGUUUCUUUGGGAACAGAAAACGAAGAGCAAAAUGACAAAGCUCUUGUCACAGGAGAGGUUUCUUUUAGGACUAGAACUGAAAAGCAAAAUGACACAGCUUUUGUCACAGGAGAGGAAAUUGGAAAUAAAAUUGAAACACUGGUGCCGGAUAAAGGGGAAAUGAAAAAAGAAACAAAUGUGCAUGACAUUAAUGAGGAAGAAUGCAUGAUGUCGGGUUCCAACAUAUUUGACAAGAUACGAUCUGAAACAGAGAUCGUUCAUGAGGACGAGGCCAUGGAAAUAGCCUCUUCAUUGUUUCUCGAAGCUGAAGAAUCUGAAAAUGACACCGAUGAAGAUAUAGGAAAUGAUGAAUCUACUGAGAGUGCAGAGAGCUUAGCAGACGAGAGAGUUACUGAGGUGCAAAUAGGUGACGACGAUGAUGAGGCAAUGGAUAUAGAUGUUUUUGGCGUUGCUUCUACUGGAACUAAUGGAAUGGAGCAGGAUAAAAUCAUGAAGGAAGAAGAGAGUGCAUCUGAAGACGAAGAUACAACUAAGCCAGAUAGUGCGACUGAUACGUCAGCAAAUCUCACAGCUGUAUCAUAG